UUCUGUUCUCACUCUUCCGAGGGGGCGAUGCUGUGGACGCUGGCCAGGGCGUUGGCUUUUCGGAGGCCCAGCAGAGGCCGGGCCGGCUGGAGGGGUCUGUGGACCGGCCGCCCGCAGUCAGAUACUGAUAGUAUGAAGCCACUGGAGGGUGUAAGAAUUCUGGAUCUAACAAGAGUACUGGCAGGACCUUUUGCUACGAUGAAUUUAGGCGACCUUGGAGCAGAAGUUAUUAAGGUGGAAAGACCAGGAGCUGGUGAUGACACACGAACUUGGGGACCUCCUUUUGUGAACACAGAAAGUACAUAUUUUCUUAGUGUUAAUCGAAAUAAAAAAAGUAUAGCUGUUAACAUCAAGGAUCCAAGAGGGGUGAGGAUCGUCAAAGAGCUUGCAGCCAUUUGCGAUGUGUUUGUGGAAAACUAUGUCCCUGGCAAACUUUCUGAGAUGGGCCUUGGGUAUGAAGAUAUAGACAAGAUUGCUCCUCACAUCAUCUAUUGUUCCAUCACAGGAUAUGGCCAGACAGGGCCCAUGUCUCAGAGAGCAGGUUAUGAUGCUAUUGCCUCUGCUAUGUCUGGUCUGAUGCACAUUACAGGGCCCGAGGAUGGAGAGCCUGUUCGCCCAGGAGUGGCCAUGACUGACCUUGCCACUGGCCUGUUUGCCUAUGGAGCCAUUAUGGCUGGACUCAUACAACGUUACCGAACUGGAAAAGGACUAUUUAUUGAUUGUAAUCUGCUGUCAUCUCAGGUGGCGUGUUUGACCCAAGUAGCUGCUAAUUAUCUUAUUGGCCAAAAGGAAGCAAAACGAUGGGGCACAGCUCAUGGCAGCAUUGUUCCUUAUCAG